CUUCUAGGUUUUAGGACUGCCUGUUACAGGUAGGCAUAUUGUCAGCCUGUCCCUGGGCUUGCUGCACAGAGCCGCGGCCGGUCCCUCACCUCGCCCGGUCACACGGGAGAGCUGGCAACGCCUGGUCUCGCCGCGCUGCCCCGGGCGGCUCAGGCGCCACUCGUGUAACAGCACAUCGCGCAGCAGCCGCCGCGGCCGGUCCCUCACCUCGCCCGGUCACACGGGAGAGCUGGCAACGCCUGGCCUCGCCGCGCUGCCCCGGCCGGCUCAGGCGCCGCUCGUGUAACAGCACAUCGCGCAGGAGCCGCCAGCGGACAACGGCAGUCAUGGACGAUGGCAUCAAGUGUUUAGCUGCUUAUCAUUGCUUGCUGAAUAUGACAGAGCUGGAGCAAGAAAGAGCUAGGAUCUCAUUCCUAACUCUAGGCCUGUUCCUAAAUGUUGAUGUUGCAGAAUGGCAAGCAUGAAUCAUGGAUUGUAACCUGUCAGUGUUACCACCACCCCUGAAGUCAUUAGACUUGCUAGGAACUGAAGAUGUCCAAAGUCAGAACCCUAGAAUCCCAGUUCCUUGGUUCACAAAGACAAUUAUUCUACAUCAGUCUUAAUGACACUUUCUGCUGCCACACCUGCUUACUUUCGAGGAUUCACACUGAUCGCCCUCAAGGAAGGAAAAGAAGGUGACAAGGAGGAAGACCAUGCAGGAACUUUUCAGAUCAUAGAUGAAGAAGAAACACAGUUCAUGAGUAAUUGCCCUGUUGCUGUUACUGAGAGCACUCCUAGACGAAGAACACGCAUCCAGGUGUUUUGGACGGCCCCUCCUGCCGGGACAGGCUGUGUAAUUCUGAAAGCCAGUAUUGUGCAGAAGCGCAUCAUUUAUUUUCAAGACGAGGGUUCUCUCACCAAAAAAAUUUGUGAACAAGACUCAGCCUCAGAAGGUGUGACUGACAAACCAAUUCUAGAUUGUUGUGCUUGUGGCACUGCCAAAUACAGAUUAACUUUUUAUGGAAACUGGUCAGAAAAAACACACCCCAAAGAUUUUCCACGACGCACCAACCACUGGUCUGCAAUCAUCGGUAGCUCUCACUCAAAGAACUACAUCCUUUGGGAGUAUGGAGGAUAUGCUAGCGAAGGUGUCAAACAAGUUGCAGAGUUGGGGUCCCCAGUGAAGAUGGAAGAAGAAAUUCGACAGCAAAGCGAUGAGGUUUUAACAGUCAUCAAGGCAAAAGCACAGUGGCCUGCCUGGCAACCUCUAAAUGUGAGAGCUGCUCCCUCUGCUGAGUUUUCUGUUGAUCGGCACCGGCACCUGAUGUCCUUCCUCACCAUGCUGGGCCCCAGCCCCGACUGGAACGUGGGGCUGUCUGCUGAAGACCUCUGUACCAAGGACUGCGGCUGGGUUCAGAGAGUCGUUCAGGAUUUAAUCCCCUGGGAUGCCGGCACGGACAGUGGUGUUAGCUAUGAGUCUCCUAACAAACCUACAGUGCCUCAAGAGAAGAUCAGACCACUUACCAGCCUAGAUCAUCCUCAAAGUCCAUUUUAUGAUCCAGAAGGAGGAUCUAUCAAGCUGGUAGCCAGAGUUGUCAUUGAGAGAAUUGCACGGAAGGGGGAGCAGUGCAAUAUUGUACCUGAUAACAUAGACGAUAUUGUGGCAGAUCUAGCACCAGAGGAAAAAGAAGAAGAUGAUACCCCUGAGACCUGCAUAUAUUCAAACUGGUCCCCAUGGUCAGCCUGCAGCUCUUCUACCUGUGAAAAGGGCAAGAGGAUGAGGCAGAGAAUGCUUAAAGCUCAGCUGGACCUCAGUGUGCCCUGUCCAGAUACUCAAGAUUUUCAGCCAUGCAUGGGUCCAGGCUGCAGUGAUGAAGAUGGUUCCACUUGCAUGAUGUCUGACUGGAUUACAUGGUCCCCCUGUAGUGUUUCCUGUGGAAUGGGAACGCGAUCUAGAGAGAGAUAUGUAAAACAGUUCCCUGAAGAUGGCUCUAUGUGCAAAGUGCCUACUGAGGAGACUGAGAAGUGUAUUGUAAAUGAGGAGUGUUCCCCUAGCAGCUGCCUUGUCACUGAAUGGGGAGAGUGGGAUGAAUGCAGUGCCAGCUGUGGUACAGGGAUGAAGAGACGACACAGAAUGAUCAAGAUGACUCCAGCUGAUGGAUCCAUGUGCAAGGCAGAAACCACAGAGGCAGAGAAAUGCAUGAUGCCUGAAUGUCAUACCAUCCCCUGCCUACUCUCUCCUUGGUCCGAGUGGAGUGACUGCAGCGUAACAUGUGGGAAGGGAAUGCGAACCCGGCAGCGGAUGCUGAAAUCUGCUGCUGAGCUCGGUGACUGCAAUGAGGAACUGGAGCAAGCGGAAAAGUGCAUGCUGCCCGAGUGCCCCAUCGACUGUGAACUAACAGAGUGGUCCCAGUGGUCCGAGUGCAAUACCUCAUGUGGAAAGGGCCAUAUGAUCAGGACAAGAAUGAUAAAAAUAGAACCACAGUUUGGAGGAACAGCAUGCCCAGAAACUGUCCAACGUACCAAAUGUCGAGUAAGGAAAUGCCUGCGAGGCCCAGGUAUGGAAAAAAGGCGCUGGAAAGAGGCCCGGGAAAAGAGGAGAAGUGAACAAGCGAAAAAAGCGAUAGAUAGUGAGCAAUACCCAGUUUGUAGACUGAAACCAUGGACUGCUUGGACAGAAUGUUCUACACUCUGUGGAGGUGGAAUUCAAGAACGCUACAUGAUGGUAAAGAAGAGGUCCAAAAGUACUCAGUUUACCAGUUGCAGAGACAAGAAGGAGCUAAGAGCAUGUAAUGUUCACCCUUGUUAACAAAACACAAGGCCUCCAAGUGAUGCACUCCAAGCUAAAUGGAAAGUCAACCUUGGUUUGGUUUUUAAAACAAACAAAAUACAAAGUGUAUAUUAAUUUUCAUUUUUGCAGUGUGAUUUGCUUUUUAGUCUUGCUGGUGCAAGAAAUAUAUUUUAUAAAUAUUUCCUCACAGAUUUAUGCUGAGAGUAAAUCUUUGGUACUCCAGCCAGCCCUUAAUGCAUAAAAAUAGUAAGUCAUCAUGAGUCAUUUAACUGAAAUACAGACAUAUCCGUGGACAUGGAAUAGCCAUAUAGAAACACUACUUGUAAAGACAUGGGAUGCAUGCAUAUUAACAGAACUGAGUUGAAGUGACAUGUUUCAUAUGUGGGAGGAUUUCUCUCUCAGUUUCAUCUUGAAAAUCCAAAGCAGUGCCUAUGUGAUUACACAACUAUGCCAAGGAGUACUUUCAGUAAUGCUGGUUCAAUAAAUACUAAAGGUGCAUGUUUCUCUUUUUACACUAUUGGGUUAAGCUGAAACUUAUGAUAAUUAUCCUAUAUCCCUUUCUUCACAUGGAUGCUGUGGACCAUACAAAAUGGUCUUUGUUUCUUUGAAAUUUAAAAAGGAGAUGAUUUGUGCAGCUCAGUAGUGAGGGCUGCUCACUGUAUAAGUCACAGCCAGAACAGGACACAGAGAAAACACGUGCAUGUCAUCAUGUAUUUCAGUGCCAUGUUCUUACGUUGAGUCUAUUCACUGCCUCUUGCAAUGAAUACAGAACUAAUACAGAUUGGCCCAAAUACAGAGUCACAACAGUUAUGCCACAGAAAGGCUUCCACAUGAGACACCGAAAUAUUAGAUUCAGUUUUGUGAGGACGUUAAUCACAGUGUCACUUAUGGGUUCUCAGUCAGCAGAGAGGAGGAGCUAAACAUUACUAAAUCUGUGAGAAUUGCAGAUCUGUAGACAUGCUCACCAGGAUAAAUCUCUUCCCAAACUACCUGAGUGAUCAGCAAACUACCCCAGAUUAGAAAUAGCUCCUUACCAUUUUACACUGUUUCCUGAAGAGUUGAGCUCUCUUCCCCACCCAUGAUCAGGUAUAGGACCAGCAGGACCUUGGGUUUCACUUGCUAUUGGAAUGUAAAUAUUAUCCUGUAAGUUUAACAGCACAUCAUUAAAGCUGAGAGGUGAAGAUGCUGGGUUAUCUUUGGGUUCAGGAAAGGCAGCACACACUUAUGUGUCUACAUCAGUAAUAACAAUGCGCUGAAAAUAAGAGUGUUGAUACUGACUCUUAAAACAUGCUUGAGAGAAAUGAAUGGAGGAAAAAAAAAAUCAUUUUAGAGUCUUUUUAAGCCAGCCUUUAGUAAUCUACUCACUUCUAUCUCACUGUCCCAAGAACCUGACACACAGGUUUUUAACUACGUGUCCACAUUUGAUGUAAGCCACAAUGCAUUGAGGCUGUUCAGCUUCACCCUCACUGCCCUGGGAGUCCUUCUCAUUACCUCUCUGUACUUGAACGGGCUAGGAGGGCUGGCUCAUUGCUGCAUAGGGCUUUUCAUCAGCACUUCUCCACUGAACACUGGAGGGGCUGCUCAGGACUUCCACAGCUGCCACAUCCCACCUCCUCAAGGUGGGUACUGAUUUUUUUUUUUCAGCUCUGAAGCAAAGGGAGGGCCAAGGAAAUAACAUAACCGACACAGUGUUAAGCCUCUCCCACUGCUGCUAAAUGAAAUGCGCCCAAGCCCAUCACAAACCAAACCAGCAAGAAGAAAGAAAACAACAAGGUUUAGUGCUAAACCCAAACAGUCUACAUUUUGCACAGCUUGGCUCAUUGAUUAAUAUUAAUUCUGAGAGUUUACCUCCUUCUGCCUGGUGAAAAUAUAUGCAGUUUGUGUCUCUAUAGCACUGUCAUUACAGAAGCAAGUAAUGUAUUAAUGACCUUAGCCUUAUGAGUACAAAAAACACCCCAACCACAAAAAGAAAAGCAGGGAAUGCUGUAGAUACAGGAGGAGUGACCAGCUGAGCAGAUUUCAGGUGAAGCAACAAACAGAUGGCUGCAAAGAAGGGCUACAGGGAUGAGUGCCAGGGCAGAGCUACAUACGCAAUCAAGACCCACACACCACCUACCUUGGUGAGCUGCUUUUUUCUGAGCCUGACAGAGGAUAUCCUAGCUGAGGCUAAUCAUUUGGAAAACUAAUCUCUGACUAAGAAAUGUGUGAUAGAGUGGUUUUGUAGGCUUGAAUCUAUGAGGGCUUGGGGUAGAAGGAGCAGAAGAAGAAAGUUCCACCUAACUGGGAAAAAAAGCUCUUAUUGUGAUGGUUUGGGUGUUGCCUGCCCCCUCACACUUUGGAAAAAUCACCCAGAUUAGGCUCAGUCUAUCUGGGAAUUGAAUAAAGCUUUAUAUUUACAGCUUAGCACACUAUUUAAGCAGAUAUUUACAGUAUAUACAGCUACAGACAGAUAUAUACAAGUUAAAAAGUAAUACAGAAACACAACAGCCCUCCCAGAAACCUGAGUCCCCAGGAGGGGCUCCUAACCACCCUUUCACCUUCCUCCCACCCCUCUCUACCUUACCCCAGACUUUGCCUUAUGCUCAAGGUCAGCCGGGGGUUAUGAAGCAGAUGGGUUAGUCACACAGACAGCAGGCUAUGGUAGGGAGAGAAGUCCAGACCCAGAGAGACAGAGAGAGCCUCUGUUAUCUAUGUUUGUGUCCUUGUUCUUACACAUCUCAGCCAGCCUAUGAGUGAAGUAGACAUCACCAUUGCUUCCUUUUCAGAGCCUGUAACCUAAUUCUUCUCACAGUCUAGCUAGGCUCAAACUAGCACAGUUAUCUGAACACUUAGCACUUGUUUGAACUUGCAUGCCUGUGCCUGCUCCUGCAAAUAAACCACUAAGACCAAUGUUGUAUUUUCAUGGGCUUUUUUUCCAGUUCAAGAAACUAUUUUCUCUUUUAAUUACUCCCUUUGCCAAAGGCUACACAGUCCAAAUAGACCUUUAGGUACGUAGGAAAUACACAACAUCUUUCUGAACAUGGUGACAAAGUUGUCCAUUAACCCAAUCUGUCAUUUGGUGAUGUGAUUCACCCUAUACUUUAUUUUCUCUCAGGAGGCUGUCUCAGUGCGACUUCAGUCAUUUCUCUCAGGCUUAUUAAAGUUAUGAAUGUUGGAUUUAUAUUUCCCCCACCUUGUUAAUACAUGCAAUGACACAGUUGAUUGCACUGAGUCAGAAACGUGUGAUUGUUCCUGCUUGGGUUCAGCUUCUCACACUUUUUCUGUUGAAACAUUUUACAAGUCACUUGUCUUUCUUCUAACUUGAUACAGGAUAAAUAUUUAAGCUUCUUGCAUUUUGUAAAGACAAACCAACAACCACAAACAAAAGCAAAUGAAGAAAUAAAUAAGAGGUUGAUUUUCUAUUCAGGAAGAAACAAAAAGCAAGCUCUGCUAUACAAUCUGUAAAGUAUUGCAUUGUUACUGUAAACUUUCUAGUAGCGUACUAGCCGCUGGCUAUCAGUCAAUACAACAGAGAAGUGCUCUCUCAUCUCCUGCAUAGUACUGCUGAACUGAAAGCACAGAUGUCACUCCAGUUUUGUAGACCUCAACUCUCAGAUCCUAGCAUUGUGUGUAUGUUUUUUUCCUAACAUACAAACUGUAGAAGCUUUACACAUAAUAAAAAAAGAAAAGUUAGGGGCUUAACAAAUGUACAGUAGGACCUUGUGUGUGCAGCAGACGAUUUAAACAAACCUUUGUUUGAGGCAUUUCUAGAUUUCCUUCAUUGGUUUUGUUUGCUGUGGAAUUAUGAGAAAAAAAGCUACCACGAAUAUUUCUUACCAAAGUCUUGUGUAGAUGUUUUGUAGCUGUCUGGCUAACACAUUAUUAUUAUUAUUUUGGAAUAAAGACAUCUUUACUACGAA